GAUCUUGGACACGCCUUUCCUUGCAUUCUCGUCGCGUUAUUGACAACGGGCCGUUCUGUUCUACGAAACAACAGGAAAAAUCCAAGAUAACUGGCAAAAUGUGCGGUAUAUUUGCAUACAUCAACUUUCUGGUUCCCAAGCAGCGAAAGGCUAUCCUGGAGUUGCUCAUUAAUGGUCUUAAAAGGCUGGAGUACAGAGGCUAUGAUUCAGCAGGUCUUGCUAUUGAUGGGGGUAACAAUGAACAGGAUACUAACACCGACCGCCCAAUCCGCAUCAUCAAGAAGAGAGGAAAGGUCAAGGCCCUUGAGGAAGAAAUUUUCACACGGUUGCAGAAAGCUCAAGAGGACUUAGAUUUUGAUCUGGAGUACGACACUCACUGUGGUAUCGCCCACACCCGUUGGGCCACUCACGGUGUGCCAAAUGCUGUCAAUAGCCAUCCUCAGAGAUCCGAUGAUGAAAAUGAGUUUGUCGUCAUCCACAAUGGCAUCAUUACAAACUAUAAGGAUAUCAAGAAGUUUAUUGAGAGCAAGAAUAUUGCUUUUGAGUCCGACACGGACACAGAGAUUAUCGCCAAGCUUAUCAAGUAUCUCUACGAUAACCGUGACGAUGAUAAAAUCACUUUCAGGGAGCUCGUAGAAUCUGUCAUCCAGCAACUGGAAGGUGCCUUUGCCUUGGCUUUCAAGAGCAGGAGGUUUCCCGGUGAAUGCGUGGCUACCCGUCGUGGAAGUCCCCUCCUAAUCGGCAUCAAGACCAAAACUAAACUAGCCAGCAACUAUGUACCCGUUCUCUACAAGGACAACAGAGAUAAUGUGAAGAAAGCUCCGCAGCUUGAGAGGUCUUUCAGCAGCACGACUGAUUUUGAGGUCGUCGGAGAUGCCAAGGAGGCGGAGUAUUUCUUUGCAAGCGAUGCUAGCGCCAUCAUUGAACAUACUAAUCGUGUCAUCUAUCUGGAGGAUAACGACGUAGCUGCUGUCAAAGAUGGAGCUUUGUCUAUCCAUCGUCUUAAGAAGGAGCAAGGAGAGUCUAUUUCAAGAGAGGUGCAGACACUUAAAAUGGAGAUUCAACAGAUCAUGAAAGGGAACUACAGGUAUUUCAUGUUGAAGGAAAUCUUUGAGCAGCCAGAAUCUGUCAUCAAUACAAUGCGUGGGAGGGUGAACUUUGAAAACAAGUCAGUGUGUCUUGGAGGUCUUCAGGAUCAUAUGAAUGAGAUUCUAAGGUGUCGUCGUCUUCUCUUCCUGGCCUGUGGAACCAGCUAUCACUCUGCAGUGGCUACUCGUCAGUUGAUUGAGGAGCUAACAGAGCUGCCUGUCGUUGUUGAACUUUCAAGUGAUUUCUUGGACCGUCACACUCCUGUUUUCAGAGAUGACGUAGCUUUCUUCAUCAGCCAGUCAGGUGAGACUGCAGACACCUUGAAUGCUCUGCGCUAUUGUAAAUCAAGGGGUGCCCUCACAGUUGGAAUCACCAACACUGUCGGUAGCAGCAUCUCACGAGAGACACACUGUGGUGUUCACAUUAAUGCCGGCCCAGAGAUUGGAGUUGCAAGUACAAAGGCAUACACCAGUCAGUUCAUCUCUCUGGUCAUGUUUGCUCUGAUGAUGAAUCAAGAUAGAUUAUCCUUCACAUCCAGGAGACAUGAGAUCAUCCAAGAACUUCAGGAUCUCCCAAAUAAAAUCAAACAAGUGUUGGAGAUGGACGACCAGAUCGAGAAGCUUGCUGAAGAACUUGUUCAGAAGAGGAGUAUUCUUCUUAUGGGAAGGGGUUUCAACUUUGCUACAUGCCUGGAAGGUGCUCUGAAAAUCAAGGAGUUGUGCUACCUUCACUCAGAAGGCAUCCUGGCUGGAGAACUGAAACACGGCCCUCUUGCUCUGGUUGAUGAGGAUAUGCCUGUCAUCCUCGUUAUGAUGAAAGAUGGAACAUAUGUGAAAUGCCAGAAUGCUUUACGUCAGGUUGUAGCUCGAAAGAGCAAACCGAUCAUCAUUUGUGAGACCGGUGAUGAAGAUGCCCUAAGUACCGCCUCUCGUACCAUCCAGCUACCCCGCUGCGUUGAUUGCUUGACUGGUAUUCUCUGUGUCAUACCCCUUCAGCUCCUGGCCUACCACAUAGCUGUCCUGAGAGGAUUUGAUGUUGAUUGCCCAAGGAAUUUGGCUAAAUCCGUCACUGUCGAGUAAGCUCUCUUUGCAAUCCCAAGAUUCAAACAACUCUGCCUUCCUGCAUACAACACUUUGUCUUCACCAAGCUUUACCUCUGAGGUCAUUUUUCACUUUUAUCUAUCAAGAAAUCGUUCCUUUUUCUCAUUCCAAAUGCUGCUGCGACCAAUUCAUUCCUGUUGGAAUUUUCUUUUAUUUCUAUGAAAAUUGCGAGGAACAGGCAAGCUUAUAGUAUGAUUUAUGGUUUAUAAAGAGAUGUUAUUUGUAAAAAGAAUCAAAAGAAUAGAUGUUGUGCGAAGGCUAUAAAAGUAUUGUAUGUGUUGUAACUAUUUGUGACUUUAUAUUGUACAAGUUUAUCAAAGAUUUUACAGAUUCAUUGCGAUACAAAUUGAAUUGAAACCAUGAAAUGGUGAUUCGUGAAAUCCAAUCCAACACCCAGUUUGGGAAUCAUUACUGAGUGUGUUGUCGGGGGAUACCUCAACGUGAAUCAAGGGACCUUUCAAUGAUCAUGUGAUCACAUUUUAAAAUAAACAAACAUUUGAAUGAGUCCACAUUGAUAAUACUAGACAAAAAGACCAUCCCC